GGUACAUAACUUACAUCAUUAGUGGACAUUAGCGCUCGGCAGAGGACAAAACAUGUUGGUCAGGGCUCAAGUCGCGAAAUUGACCAGAGCCCAUAUCUCGCAUAGGCGGUAUUUUGGGCCUGUAUCUAGUGCCGUCUACUAAGGUUCACCUAUAUAUGUCAUCCGGACAGCGUAGGGCGAAUUCCAGUAAGUCCUGGCGAGCGCGACAUUUAGCAUUUCGACUUCGGCUCCCGCUCGAGUUUAUGCCCGGAAAUCAUUCAGGGACCUUAUUAUAUGUCACAUGAUAACAUUUCGGCAGUCUAGGGCAUUGGACACACGCAGUCCCUAGGGACUUGCCGGAGUGGUACCCGCGUGGGCGUAGGCAGGCGCAGCACUACGACUCCGAGAAUCGUUUUGACGAAUUCUCUGACGUAACUAACUCGCGAAAGCAUACUUCACAACCCCUUCCGAUUUUGCGUGAUAUCAGCCUUAUGUGAGUUGAUGCCGAUGUGAGCCAGCGUGCUCUUUGCCACUCCCAGUUUUCCCACAAUUCUACGUGACAUUCAUUCUCGCUUGAUACCUGGACAUACACGCUCGUGUAGGAGAUGCUUGCGGCAGGAGCCCCAAGGGCGAGGCCGACCCCUGCGCCCCGGGCAUCUGCACCCCCAAGAACGCUGGCACCUUCACCUGCUCCUGCCCGCAAGGCUUCCAGACAACCCCGAACAAGAAGGCCUGCAUGCCAACUGCUAUGCCACUACCUUCCCCGAGCCCCUUCCCCCCGCCCUCGCCCCGGCCCCCCAGCCCAGCUCCCUCGUCGGCCCCCAGCCCACGCCCCAGCCGAGCCCCCUCUCCACCCUCGCCGCCGCCCCCCAGUCCAGCCCCCUCCCCACCCUCGCCGCCGCCCCCCAGUCCAGCCCCCUCCCCGCCCUCGCCUCCGCCCCCCACACCAGCCCCCUCCCCGCCCACGCCUCCGCCCCCCACACCAGCCCCCGCCCCGCCCUCGCCGCCGCCCCCCAGCGCAGCCCCCGCCCCGCCCUCGCCGCCGCCCCCCAGCCCAGCCCCCUCCCCGCCCUCGCCGCCGCCCGCCAGUCCAGCCCCCUCCCCGCCCUCGCCGCCGCCCCCCAGCCCCGCCCCCUCCCCGCCCUCGCCGCCGCCCCCCAGUCCAGCCCCCUCCCCGCCCUCGCAGCCGCCCCCCAGCCCCGCCCCCUCCCCGCCCUCGCCGCCGCCCCCCAGCCCAGCUUCCUCCCCGCCCUCGCCUGCGCCCCCCAGCCCAGCCCCCUCCAGCAGCCCGCUCAUUAUUGGGAUCACGCUCAAGUGCCGCAUCUUAAGCAUCAGGGCUGGCAGCAUCGUAGUGGAGGCAGAGCUCGGGGCCGCGCCCGGCGUCGACGCCGCCGACCUGCAGGCCGAUUUGAGCGCCGCCGCCAGCACUAAGACACUGCUACAGCCGGCCUUCGUCGAGUCCUACGCAAUCACGGAAUCCGUUGUGUCCAUCAUUCCCAGCCCCCCGCCUGCUCCGCCCUUCCUGCCCUCCAGCCCAGCCCCCUCUCCGCUCUCUCAGCAGCCUCCGCCCUCGCCUCCACAGCCGCCCAGCUCGCCUGCCGCGCCCCCUUCUCCACCGCAGCAGCCUCCGCCCGCGUUCUGCCCCGUUUGCAUUGGGUGGGAGGUACAAGCUGGACCAGUUUUUAACGGAACUUACUUCUUCGACAAUCCCGACAACUGCCAACAGGCCACGACUUACGUAUCGAACCUGCUUCACACGUACACAAUCCCGCAGCAGGGCCAAGCGGAUGGCGGCUUUAUCGCCCUGACGCAGCCGGUCAGCUGCCGAGGCAACAGAGUUGACGUUUGCUACACAUCAUUCAGCCAUGGCAUUGCCGCGAAGCUGAGAACGGACUUCGAGCUUCUUAACCCCCUGAACUACCUGGGCUCAAACAAUCUCAUCACGCCCGUGUUUGGGUUCCAAGACUUUUUCGCUUGCCCUGCUCAUCUGGCAGGCAUGAUGCUCGACUUCACCACCUCCAACAGCCAAUGUGGGCCCAUCCCCUCCGGCUGGUACUGCGAUCCAUUACCACCUCCUCCGUCGCCGGCACCCUCCAGCCCGCCGGCAGCCCCCUCCCCAACCCCUCCGCCGUCCCCGCCUCCUCUCCCCUGCUCCGUGUGCAUUGGGUGGCAGACAGAUGCCCGGCCCAUCUUCAUGGGCGACUACUUCUUUCACGCCUACGACAACUGCGGGCAGGCGCUUGACUUUAUGGAGUCACUGCUGGCGCCCUACCUGGAGGAGGGCGUGCUGGUCCCGGCGCAGGCGCAGGUCAGGUGCUCCGGCACACAGCUCCAGUACUGCUACACCGCUUACAGCUCGGAGCGCGCCGCGCAGGUGAAGGCAGGCCUGGAGGCCCUGGGCGUGGCCGGUCUGAUCCCGCGUGCCUUUGGGUUUUCUGACGUGUCGUCCUGCCCCGAGGACCUGGCCGGCAGCACCCUGCAGUUCACGUCCUCCAACAGCGAGUGUGGGCCAGUCAGCACGCAGCUGACCUGCAGCUACCUGCCCGAUCCCCUGCCGUCGCCCGCCAGCCCAGCACCAGCCCCAGAAGCCCCCUCCCCUCCGCAACCUCCGCCCUCGCCUCCGCAGCCGCCAAGCUUGCCUCCCUUGGAACCUUCACCACCCUCUCCGCCCGGGCCUCCCGAGCCUCCUCCUCCCUGCGCCGGGUGCCUCAUUUGGCACCUCAACGGCGGACCAGAAGUGUUUUUCGAUGAUACCAAGAACUGCGACCGGGCCACUGGAUUCAUUAAGCAGCUGCUUGCUCCCUACUAUUUGCAGGAUGGCUCAAUCAUCAGCCUGACAUCUCCGAUCAGCUGCUUCGCCAACGUGAUCUACGUGUGUUACGCUGCUCCCAGCACGGAGAGCGUCGCACAGAUGAAGGCAGAUUUGGAGGCUUUGGGUUUCUCAGGACUGGUAACCCCGGCGUUCGGCUUUGUUGGCAACGAGUGCACCUCGGAGUUUGCCGGCACAACCCUCGAGUUCACGUGCAACACCUUCAACAACGUUGCGUGCGGCCCCUCAAGCACAAAGCUUACUUGCGCGGGCUUGCCUUCACCACCCGCGCCUCUGCAGUCGCCUCUGCAGCCGCCACCCAGCCCAGCUCCCUCUUCUCCUCCCCCCUGCUCCGUGUGCAUUGGGUGGCAGACGGAUGCCCGGCCCAUCUUCAUGGGCGACUACUUCUUUCAUGCCUACGACAACUGCGGGCAGGCGCUCGACUUCAUGGAGUCACUGCUGGCGCCCUACUGGGAGGAGGGCGUGCUGGUCCCGGCGCAGGCGCAGGUCAGGUGCUCCGGCACACAGCUCCAGUACUGCUACACCGCUUACAGCUCGGAGCGCGCCGCGCAGGUGAAGGCAGGCCUGGAGGCCCUGGGCGUGGCCGGUCUGAUCCCGCGUGCCUUUGGGUUUUCUGACGUGUCGUCCUGCCCCGAGGACCUGGCCGGCAGCACCCUGCAGUUCACGUCCUCCAACAGCGAGUGUGGGCCAGUCAGCACGCAGCUGACCUGUAGCUACCUGCCCGAUCCCCUGCCGUCGCCCGCCAGCCCAGCACCAGCCCCAGAAGCUCCCUCCCCUCCGCAACCUCCGCCCUCGCCUCCGCAGCCGCCAAGCUCGCCUGCUGCCAUACCCUUGCCUGCGCCCAGUACUCCCGCCCCGCCUUCCUCGCCUCCUCCUCCCUGCUCCGUAUGCAUUGCGUGGCAGACUGACGCCGGCCCUAUCUUCGAGGGCAUGUAUUACUUCGAAAUCCCCGACAACUGCUACCGCGCCAUAAGGUUCGUGGCCACGCAGCUUCUUCCGCCAUACUUCUUCCGUGUCUUGCCGGAUGGCUCGGCCGGGGAGAUUCGCGGCUGGUCGUCUGUGACUUGCAGACGCGACAAAGUGGACUACUGCUAUGAGGCAACGACUCGGGGCAUCGCCGCAAACUUCAGUGCUGGCCUGCAAGCCCUUGGUGCCCGGGGCCUCCUGAGCCCCGUGUUCGGAGGGUCUGAAGACGGCACGUGCCCUGGUGUGUUUCCCGCCGGCACGGCUCUGGAGUUCACCUCGUCUGACAGCCAGCAGUGCGGCCCACCAACCAUCCGCACAGUCUGCGACGGCUUCCAGCCGCCCAAGCCGCCGCGGCCACCCAGCCCAGCCCCCUCAGCGCCCUCCCCGCCCUGGCCGCAGCCUCCAGCCAGCCCGGGAGCCCCCGCCCCGUCGCCCCCGCCCUUGCCGCCGCUGGAACCGCCGCCGCCCAUCGCACCUGCGCCCCCCUCCUGCUCCGUGUGCAUUGGGUGGGAGACCGACGCCGGGCCCAUCUUCGAUACUGGCGUUCACUUCUUCGACGUUCCCGACAACUGCCAGCGGGCCACGGAUGUGGUGAAUGGCCUAAUUGGCGGAUACACAGCAGCAGGCGAGGGUAACGCCGGCUACAUCGUCCUGACCCAGCCGAUCCAAUGCAAAGGCGACCGGAUCGACUUGUGCUACGACGCGCUCAGCCCAGCGACUGCCGCGGCGCUCAAGGCCGAUUUCGAUGCACGCAUUACGCUAUUCUACAACGGCCUCAUCAGCCCUGUGUUCGGAAUUCCGGAUUUCUUUUCGUGCCCGGUAGUGUUUGCAGGCAAGGCCCUCCGCUUCACGUCCUCAAAUAUUGGGUGCGGCCCAAUCAAUCCCUCCGCCGGCUCCGCCUCUACCUCCGCCGGCACCUCCGCCUCUACCUCCGCUGCCGUCCCCAAGCCCUCCGACGGCUCCACCACCAUUUCCCCCAUCAUCACCGCCCUCGCCUACCCCACCCAGCCCGUCUCCUCCUGCUGGACGCGUGUGCAUCGGGUGGCAGUGUCUUCAACAACAUCUAUCCUACUGAAAGCUGCGGGUAUGGCAUGCAAUUCGUGAAUGAGUUGUUGGGUCCCUUCUUCAAUUACAUCUCCAACAUGAACGGGUGGUUUAGCUGUUACGAUGGUGUCCUAGGUGGUUGCUACUAUCCAUCGGACGGGGAGCAUGCUUGGCGGAUAAAAACCCACAUCGACUCCUACAGCAGAAUGGGCCUGAUGGCCAAAGCGGUCGGGUUUCCGGACGCCUCGGUGUGCCCUCCUGAGUAUUCCGGCUUGACCUUCUAUUUCAGUGCAACCGACCACUAUUUCGGCGCGUGCUCACCCACCAGCUUCAGCAUGACCUGUCCGUAAGCCCAGAAACCCAGACAGUUGUUGCAUGAGGCAGGGCUUGCAUUGCAUCUCGCUCCUAGAGUGACAACAUGCUGUAGAUAGACAGCUUGAAUGGUUCGUUGGCGGACACCGCCCUACCUGGACACUGCCUUGUGUGGUGGAGUGAAGCAGCGAGCGAGGGUUGGAUUAGUGGGCUGUUGAAAUGGCUUGUUGCAUGAUGGGUGCGGUUGAAGGUUGAAGUCGUGUGUCGGUUGCACGCUGCUGCAGCUGCUGGCUGUACCUAGUAGUGAAUGGAAAGUAGGGCGAGGGGCAGGAUGGCGAAGUCCCGGCGGCCUUCUGCAGCGUAUCCGCAGACCCCGCUGUAAAGCAUUUGAUUC